AUGGGUGCCGGCGAUGAAGGCACAACAGCGGCCGACCAUCCAUUUAAAGGCCUAAUCCUCUGUUGUACAUCCGUAUCCGCCGAUAUUCGUAACGAUAUUACCGCCAAAGCUACCGACCUCGGCGCCGUUUGGAAACAAGACCUUACGUCAGAUGCUACUCAUCUAAUUGUUGGAGAUCUCGCUACCCAAAAAUAUCGAUAUGUCGCAAAACAACGACCCGAUGUCAAGCCCAUGCGAAUCAGUUUUAUUGAAAAGACGCAUGAAGCUUGGGUUGCCACCAAGAGCAUUCCGAUUCAUGAGCUGGAAGUUGAACAUGCGUUUCCGCCUUUUCUGGGGUUGAGGAUCUGCUCUACGAACAUUAAUGAUGAAAAGGAACGGCAGAAAAUCCAAAAAAUCACUGAAGAAAAUGGUGGAACGUACAGCGGCGACCUGACCAAGCAAGUCACUCACCUUGUUGCUUCCAACCCGGAAGGUAAAAAAUACCAGUUUGCAAAGCAGUGGGGAAUUAAAAUCGUCAGUCUCGAGUGGUUUCACCACAGCGUGGAAAGAGGGAUGGCUCUUGAUGAAGCUUACUUUUCAUUCGAUUUACCGGCUUCGGAACGUGGUCAGGGAGCAUGGGUUCGAUCUGCGACGGGGAAAAGGAAGCUUUCAGAGAGAGAAGGAUCAGGUAGCAGCGAUGGAAGAGUUAAAUCCGAUCCAGCUAAACGGAAAAUCAAACGGGCAGCUUCGGAUAGGUUAAGCAGCGGGAGCCAGACUCUAUGGGGUGAUAUCAUGGGCACCAAAGCUGUCAAAGUCGACAAACCGAACGAGUGGGGAACCGAUGCACCGCAGCGGACUAGCAGCAAAGCAGAGAGCUCGACUACAGGUCCUGUCGAUGUACCGUAUGUCAAUGUCCGUACGAGCAUGUCAAUGUCAGAUCUGCAGCCUGAAAUACCGAAAAAGAUGUUUCACGAUAAAGGCUUUCAUGUCUAUGGGUUCGAUGCUGAGAAAGAGAGUCGAAUACGGGGUAUAAUUCGAGGGUUUGAUGGAAAUACAUACCCGGCUCUGCAGGAUCUAUUUGAGACCCCGGCUAGUCGGUAUGUAAUUGUUGUACCAGAUUCGUACAUCCAAGCCGAUUGUCCGAAGAUCUCGGAUGCUUCGAAGGCAGUUCAGAUUGUUACAGCUUGGUGGCUAGAGAGGUGUCUGCAUGAGGAUAAAUUUAUCGAACCGGACGAAUAUCUACUUGGGCGCCCCAUGAAACGACAUAACAUCUCCGGAUUUGAGAAAAUGACGGUCUCAGUUACGAAGUUCGAUGGGAUUGAUUAUUUACACUAUACGAAGGCCAUUGGAAAACUUGGUGCAGAGUUCUGCGAAAAGGUCUAUAAGGCUAGAAGCCUAUUGAUUGUUAAUUCGGCAGAUAAAUCCAAACACAAGGAUAAAGAGAGAGCCGCAGAAGCCUGGGGGAUUCCGAUCGUUUCGCAGGAAUGGUUAUUGGAGUGUAUUUCUGAGGGUGAACUCAUACCCUUCAAGAGAUACCUUUUGAACACCAAACCAAUUGUCGAGGAGAAAAACGGCGAAGUGGAGGUUAAGAAAGAAGGAUCCACUGCCUUGGAAAAUGUUACUGUCAAGUUCGAUCCUGCCGUCAAAGUGAAGAAGUUGAAGCUGAUUAUAGAACUUUUUGACGGCAAGGAAGACCGAGACAAAUUAGAACAGGCGGUAUUCUACCUCGGCGGAUAUGUAACCUCAUCCUUUGAUAGCGAAAUCCCAAUUACACAUUUUGUGACAACGACCGAAACAGCAUCGCAGGCAGCGGCUAGUGGCCCGAAACACCUUUCUAGCGAAAUACGAAGGGCAUGGCGGACGGAUGGUGUUAUGGUGGUAACAGAUACCUGGCUUAAGAUGAGUAUGAAGAGGAGAGAGAGAUGGCCAGAAGGGAAAUAUAUCGUUAAGAAACCGGAAAUGAAGGAUCUCGCUGAAACCAUUCCGAAGAAACCAAGAGUUCCAUUAUUUGAAGAAUCGAGGGCUGUUAAGCCAGCACAAAAAUCUCACUCUCUCCUACAAGAAGAUAGCAAUAACCCCUUCAUAAUUGAGGACAUCGAUAUCCCUCCGGAUGUCGAAGAAACCACUACCCGCUUACGUCCACUCUCAAUCUCCCCAGUCGCGGAAAAGAGAAGACCUUCUGCUUCAAAAUCGCAACCAGCUAGCUUAACCACCACACCUUCAAAAUCCAAAUUUAUGACUCUAAAAUCACCAGCGAAGAAGUCUCCUUCACAACUCCCCCUUGCUGUUCCACCAUUACUAUUCGAUAAAGAUGGAUCACAUAGCGGAAGUCUAUUGCGUAACAAUCUCACAGAAAUUCUACGAUCCGUAAAACAGCAGGAGAACAAACCACCUUCACGCCGCCCUCCUCGGAAACUACGGGGCCGUGCGAACUCCACAAGUGAAGAAGGUAGCUUACUACCAGCCGGAAACAGCCUGUCCAGAGAUAAUUCUUUACAAUCAAACCCAACAGAAGGACAAGAUAGCGUCGACACCACUACAACCACUAAUUCAAGAUACCAAUACCACUUAACCACCCUCUCUCGUGAUAAUUCUCUAACCAGCAACACCCUCGACUUCGGCGAAAGUAUGAUAUACGAUUCGAACCCAGAGUCCGGACCUAGAAAUCUACAACAGGACCCUGAUUCAGAACAACAACCACUCUCGCAAGUAGUACAUUACGUUGAUGCAGAAGCCGAAGCAGACAGGAAGAAAUUGUUUGAAAAAUUGAAGAUGGUGGAUGGUGGUGGUGUAUUAAAGGGACGAUUGGUGGUUAAAAGUACGGUUGCGGCACAGGAAUUGGGCGGGCCGGUUACGAGAGUAGGACGGGCGAGGAAGGUUUGA